UUGACGCCACGCGAAAAAUUGUUUAGGAGCAGUUUUUCCUAAAUUUUCGUUUUAUUUAUCGAAACACAUUUAAAGUGCCCAAAAUAUGUCGCAUUUGGUAAAGAUGGAAAAUGGCCAAAGUCAGACCAUUCAAGAAAUGCUGGGCUGCAUCGAGCGCUACAAUCCGGACCAUCUGAAGAUACUAGAAUCGUACGUUCAGGAUCAGGCCAAGAACAACAGCUACGACCUGGAGGCGAAUCUGGCCGUGCUCAAACUAUAUCAGUUUAACCCGCACAUGCUGAACUUCGACAUCACCUACACAAUUCUCUUAAAGUGUCUCACCAAUUUGCCACACACCGAUUUCGUGAUGGCCAAAUGCCUCUUGCUGCCACAGCAGAUGAAGGAUGAGAAUGUUCAGACCAUUAUUGACUUAGCGGACAUAUUAGAGCGCGCCGAUUUUACGCUCUUCUGGCAGCGCGCUGAGGUCAACCGCACUAUGUUUCGACACAUUACUGGCUUCCACGAUUCCAUACGUAAAUUCGUCUCACAUGUAGUGGGUACCACGUUCCAGACCAUCAAAAAAGACUUGUUAAAGGAGUUGUUAGGCGGUAUUGAGGAAUCCACGCUCGAGAGCUGGAUCAAGCGCAAUGGCUGGAAACACCAAGGUCAGAAUUUGGUUGUUGUAGCGACGCAGGACGACAAGAUCAAGACUAAGAAUAUUACCGAGAAGAUCGAGUUUGACAACGUGGGCGCACUGAUGGCGCAAUGUAUUUAAAUUAACCAUUGGUAUCCUUACUUUUUGUACAAUAUAUGAUGCUAAUAAAAGAGCCGGGCGCAUUUAAUUGUCAACUA